UCGGGGAAAACUGUGACACCCAAAACGAAACGGAGUAAAAAAAACUUGGCCGCUGUGCUUCGUCGGCAACAAACAGAACAGAAAAAAGUGCAGUUUUUCCUCGUUUAUCAGCCAGUUUUCUAGAGUAUAAUCGAACCGAGGACGACUCGACGAACCACGAACUGCAAACACGAUGGGUUUCUACGUUACGCCACGAAUCGUCCGGCAGCUCCGUCCGAUUUGCUUCCAGCUUUCCGUUCGGUACUUUUCCGUCACUGAUCAACACAAAACACGUUUGGCCGAAGUGGGCAAAUUGGAGCUUCCGAAGGCGCAAGGAAAGUACGAAACCGGCCAGCUGUUCCUGCACCGUGUUUUUGGCUAUCGUGGAGUGAUCUUGUUCCCGUGGUUGGCUCGAGUCUACGAUCGGGAUUUGCCUGCGCAGAACAAAAGCAUUCAGAACGAAACGGCCUCUGGACCGGCCACAGGAGAUUCCUCCUCAACGCCUCCGAACACGAACAAGGAAGUGCAGAAGAAGACGCACACUUUCUAUCAGGUCCUAAUCGAUCAACGGGAUUGUCCGUAUAUUCGCGCCCAAACGGAAGCCGUCACCUUCCUGGGAAACCAGGAAUCCAGCCGGAGUCUGUACGCCAUCCCGGGGCUGGAUUAUGUGGCCCACGAGGACAUCUUGCCGUACAGCUCGGGCGAACAGCAUCCCCUUCAGCACGAGCUGUUCGAUAAGUUUCUGGCGCAUCAGCCAGACAAGGAUCCGCCGUUUAGCGCCCAGGAUACGCUGAGGGCGUGGCAGAAGAAGAACCACCCGUGGUUGGAGCUGUCCGAUGUGCACAAGGAAACCACCGAGGGCAUACGGGUGACGGUGAUUCCGUUCUACAUGGGAUGCCGCGAGACGCCGGCUGCUUCGGUGUAUUGGUGGCGCUAUUGCAUCCGAUUGGAAAAUCUCGGCGAGCUGAGUGUACAGCUCCGCGAACGACACUGGAGAAUCUUUUCCCUUUCGGGCACCCUGGAAACCGUCCGGGGCCGUGGAGUGGUUGGCCAAGAACCGGUUCUCAGUCCUCGGCUGCCGGCAUUCCAGUACAGCUCACACGUGAGCCUUCAGGCACCGAGUGGACACAUGUGGGGUACCUUCCGGAUGGAGCGUGAAGAUGGACACAUGUUUGAUUGCCGCAUCCCGCCUUUCUCGCUCGAGAGUAAGCCGGACGAUAGCGGGAACUCGACGGACGAUUCGACCAGUAAUAGCCCCAGCAGUUCCGGAUCACCGUCGUCGUCGUCCCCGACGACAGGCGGAGGAGGAGGAGGUUCUUCCAGCGGUAGCACCACCUCAGGUGGAUCCACCUCCAUGGAGGAUUUAUUUUGACGACGAGGAACGACGAUGUUACAUGUUUAAAACAAUGAUAUUUAUUAAACAGUGCGAGAGUUAUCCGCUACGAAAAGCGACGAGCCAGUGAAACACUACUUCGUUGUAAAUAUGAUUUAAUUGCUAUUCAAUAAUCCAGUACCUACCGUAAAAAAGCCAAUUACAAUAAAACACUUGUGAAUGAAACAUU